AUGUCGACGUGGGGUGAACAUUUCCGUGUCACUACUUAUGGCGAGUCUCACUGCCGCUCUGUCGGCUGUAUCGUCGACGGAUGCCCUCCUGGCAUGGAACUCACCGAGGCCGAUAUCCAGCCCCAGAUGACCCGCCGUCGUCCCGGUCAGAGCGCCCUCACUACCCCGCGGGACGAGAAGGACCGAGUCGAGAUUCAGUCAGGCACAGAGUUCGGAGUCACUCUGGGCACACCAAUUGGAAUGAUGGUCCGCAAUGAGGACCAGCGCCCCAAGGACUACGGUGGCAGCACAAUGGACCUGUUCCCGCGCCCCAGCCACGCUGACUUCACCUACCUCGAGAAGUACGGUGUCAAGGCCAGCAGCGGUGGUGGUCGCAGCAGUGCCCGUGAGACCAUUGGCCGUGUCGCUGCCGGCGCCAUCGCCGAGAAGUAUCUCAGCCUGUCGCAUAAUGUCGAAAUCGUCGCCUUCGUCUCCUCCGUCGGCAACGAGCACCUCUUCCCCCCUACCCCCGAACACCCCUCCGCCUCCACCAACCCCGAGUUCCUCAAGAUGAUUGAGACAAUCGACCGCAAGACCGUGGACUCGUUCGCUCCCACCCGCUGCCCGAACGAAGCCGCCGCGGAGCGCAUGACCAAGGUCAUCGAGAAGUACCGCGACAACCACGACAGCAUCGGCGGAACAGUAACAUGUGUGAUCCGUAAUGUCCCCGUCGGCCUCGGCGAGCCCUGCUUCGACAAGCUGGAAGCCAAGCUCGGCCACGCCAUGCUCAGCAUCCCCGCCACCAAGGGCUUCGAGAUCGGCUCCGGCUUCGGCGGCUGCGAGGUCCCCGGCUCCGUCCACAACGACCCCUUCGUCGUGUCGCAGGCUUCAGCUGGUGCCCCCAAGCUGACCACCAAGACCAACAACUCUGGCGGUAUCCAGGGUGGUAUCUCCAACGGUGCCAACAUCUACUUCCGCGUUGCUUUCAAGCCUGCCGCUACCAUCGGCCAGGCCCAGACUACCGCCUCCUACGGUCUGGAGGAGGGUACCCUCGAGGCCAAGGGUCGCCACGACCCCUGCGUUACUCCCCGUGCCGUCCCCAUCGUCGAGGCUAUGUCUUCCCUUGUUAUCAUUGAUGCCCUCAUGGCCCAGUACGCCCGUGAGAGCGCGAAGAACCUGCUCCCGCAGCUUCCUAGCACUAUCCCCACCAGACCUGCCAGCGACCCUAAGACUGCUCCUUCUUCUUAA